AAUUUGAAACGAUGCUCACGAAAUUUUUGGCCCCGUUAACGCCUCUAUUUAUCCAACACCAAUUUUUUAAUUGAAAAAAAGCUUUUUUUUUCGUUUAUUUUGCUACUUCAGAAAAAGUGUUUUUUUUUUAAUAUUUUAUUUAUCGUCGUAAAUAUAAAAUUAUAAAAUUUGAAGAAGAUAACUGUUCUUAUCCUACAAUGGCUUCUGCUUCAACACUCUCCACCUCCCCUCUCCCUCCUCUUCUGAAGCGCACCCCCACCCAACGCUACGCCUACCCCAAAACUACCCCCAAAACCACCCCAGGCGCAGCGGCGACCCUCUCCCUCCGCUCCACCAAAACGUCCCCCAAACCCUCCCCAAAAGAGCUAGUCCCCGCCCCGGACGAAGGAAAUGUCGAAAAUGCCCUCCGACUCCUCCUCCUCUGCCCCGACGCGGCGGCGGCGUCGGCGUCGCAUGCGGACGCCAUCGGCCGCCUCCUCCGAUCCUGCGCCGCGGCGCGGGACCUCGACGCGGGGCGCCGCGUCCACGGCCUCGUCGCGUCCUCGGAAGCGCUUCUGCGCAACGCGGUGCUCACCACGCGGCUCCUCACCAUGUACGCCGCGUGCGGCGCGGCCGCGGACGCGCGCCGCGUCUUCGAAGCCCUGGAGCGGCGGAACCUGUUCCAGUGGAACGCCAUGAUCAGCGGGCUCGCCAAAAACGAGCUUUUUGGAGAAGCGCUCGACGUGUUCGUGCGAUUGAUCUCCGACACCGAUAUCAAGCCCGAUACUUUUACUCUGCCCUGCGUGUUAAAGUCCUCCGCGGGGGUUUUGGAUGUGGGGCUUGGGGAAACCGUUCAUGGAUUAGCUGUGAAAUUGGGGUUGGGCGCGGACACUUUUGUGAGCAAUUCGUUGAUGUCGAUGUACGGGAAGUGCGGUUCCGUCGACGACGCGGUUCGCGUGUUCGACAAAAUGCCCGACAGAAAUUUAGUUUCUUGGAAUACUAUGAUAUGCGUUUUUUCUGAGAAUGGGUUGUUGCAUAAGGGUUUUGAUUUGUUUAGGGAGAUGUUGGCGAUCGGCGAAGGUGGUAUGAGACCGGACGAUGCGACGGUGGUGACGGUACUUCCGAUGUGCACAGUAGGAGGAUGGGUUGAAAUGGGGAGGGUGGUUCAUGGAUUAUCAGUGAAAUUGGACUUGGAUCAUGAGCUGAGAGUGAACAAUGCGUUGAUCGAUUUGUAUGCGAAAUGCGGUAAUUUACCGGACGCGGAGUGCUUGUUUUCUGAAAGUGCUCGACGAAAUGUGGUUUCUUGGAAUGCCAUGAUUGGUGGCUAUGCGAGGAAUGGAGAUAUUGCUGAGACAUUCAAUCUUUUGCGCGAAAUGCAAACGGGGGAGGGAAUAAAUGCAAAUGAAGUCACGGUCUUGAAUGUCCUACCGGCUUUUUCAAGCAGAUCAGAGCUUUCGAAAUUGAAAGAAAUUCAUUGUUUUGUGAUUAGAAAUGAGUUGGAGAUCAACGAGUUGGUACCGAAUGCCCUAAUCGCAGCAUACGCAAAGUGUGGGUCGCUCGAUUAUGCCAAUGACGUAUUCAAUGGAACUGAGAUUAAGACCGUGAGCUUAUGGAAUGCCCUAAUCGGCGGUCACGCCCAAAAUGGCGAUCCUAACAUCGCAGUAGAUCUAUUCCUUCAGAUGUCUUCUUUAGGGUUUGAAGCUGAUUGGUUUACUAUCGGCAGCUUGCUUUUAGCUUGUGCUAAUAUGAAGCAUCUCCGAUAUGGGAAAUCGACUCAUGGGUUCGUUUUAAGGAAUGGUUUGGAGAAAGAUUCAUUCAUUAACAUCUCUCUUCUAUCUCUUUACAUACAAUGUGGAAAAGAAUCUACUGCAAGGUUAUUAUACGAUGAAACGGAGGAGAAGGAUUUGGUUUCUUGGAAUGCUAUGAUUGCUGGGUAUGCUCAGAAUGGGUUGCCCGAGGAAUCCCUUAAUCUCUUCCGCAAAAUGCUAAUUAGUAGUAACCGUCCUUCGAUUAUUGCCACGACAAGCGCAUUCAUGGCUUGCACUCAGUUGUCGGCUGUCCGAUUAGGGAAAGAGGCUCAUUGUUUCGCAUUGAAGGCGGAGUUCACUGAAGACCCAUUUAUCGGUAGCUCGAUCAUAGACAUGUACGCAAAGUGUGGGUAUGUCGAACAAGCUAGAAGUUUCUUCGACAGGUUGCAAAACAAAGACGUGGUUUUGUGGACCGUGAUGAUCACAGGAUACGGGGUUAAUGGGUACGCCGACGAAGCCAUCAAACUAUAUAAUGAGAUGCAGAGAGAGGGGAUGAAGCCCGAUGAGUUUACAUAUGUCGGUUUAUUAAUGGCAUGCAGCCAUGCUGGAAUGGUUGAAAAAGGAUUGAAUUACUUCGAGGAGAUGAAAACCAAUCAUGGGUUGGAGCCAAAAUUAGAGCACUAUGCGUGCGUAGCCGACAUGCUUGGUAGAGCCGGUCGAUUGGCCGAUGCAGUAAAACUGAUCGAAGAAAUGCCCCAAGAGCCAGACGGAAAAAUGUGGAGUACACUACUUUGUGCAUGUAGAAUUCAUGGAGACAUAAACUUGGGAGAGAAAGUUGCGGAGAAGCUGAUGGAGUUAGAGCCUAGCAAAACAGAACACUAUGUUUUGGCUUCUAAUCUAUAUGCAGGUUUUGGGAGGUGGGAUGAUGUAAGAAGAAUUAGAAAGAGAAUUAAGGAAAAUGGCCUCUUCAAAGACCCAGGUUGCAGCUGGAUUGACAUUGGUGGUAAUGUUUAUAGCUUUGUCGCAGGUGAUUCUAGGGUUCCUGAGUCGACUGAGAUUCGGAAAAUGUGGAAUGUUUUGGAGGAAAAGAUACGAAGAAUAGGUUAUGUUCCAGAUACAAGUUCAGUGCUUCAUGAGUUGGAGGAGGAAGAGAAGGUUGAGGUGUUGAGGUGUCACAGUGAGAAGCAAGCCAUAGCAUUUGGGCUUUUAAAGACCAGCAAAGGGACAAAGAUUGGGGUUUUUAAGAACAUUAGGAUGUGCAGGGAUUGCCAUAAUGCGGCGAAGCUGGUGUCGAAAGUUGUGGGGAGGGAUAUUGUGGUGAGAGACAACAAGAGGUUUCAUCAUUUCAAAGGUGGGUUUUGUUCUUGCUGUAAUUAUUGGUGAUCUGAAUAUAUAUUGUACCAUUGUUGUUGUGGCUUUUAGCA